UUAUCUUUGCAAAUGAGAUCGUGAAAGAAAAGUGUUCUCUCUCACACGGAAAAAGGAAAAGAGUGUUUUAGGGAUGUGGGUGUGAUAUGUCCAGGUGAUGGUGUAUCAACACUUGUAAAUAUACUUCUGGCAGGUGUCCAAGUGUCACAAAUGUGUUUUUGGGGGCCAGUGUGUGUGCCGGCUUUCCUGCUCCAUAUCUUAGCAAGUUAUACAUGAAAGUGGCAGUGUAAAAAUGACAUUAUCGACAGAAAUGUGAAAGGUUGAACGUUUGUGUCGUCCUUGGCAGCCAGCUGCCCCGGCUACCUCUUGCUAUAACUUGGAACCCUCAUCAAAAUGAAUAGGGCACGUGUAUUGUCACAUUUGUUGUCACGGGUACCACCAAGGGCUCCUCGGGCAACAACACAAGCCUUGGCUCUGGGUGGCUCACGAUGUAAGGCUUCAGCCCCACCUGCACCAAAUGCUCUCGCUGCUGAACCUUUUCUGAAUGGCUCUUCCUCCAAUUAUGUAGAAGAAAUGUACAAUGCCUGGCUUCAGGAUCCUAAAAGUGUACAUCAGUCAUGGGAUACAUUUUUCCGAAAUACAUCUUCUGGUGCAACUCCAGGACAGGCAUACACAGCACCACCUUCACUAGCCGAGCCCUCACCACAUCACGUGCCCCUUUCAUCCAUAGCCCCUGCCAUAACUCCUGCCAUUAGUGAUACACAGCUCACAGACAGUGUUAUUGAUGACCAUUUGGCAGUGCAGGGUAUCAUCAGAGCAUACCAGGCACGUGGCCAUUUGAUUGCUGCGCUGGAUCCUCUUGGAAUUGAUCGAGAAGCACUAGCAGAACGCCCUCCAUCCACGUUGCCCAGCAGAAUUGUAGUGCGCAACUAUUUUGAUUCAAUUGAUGAAUCUGAUAUGGAGCGUUCAUUUAAGCUGCCCAUGUCGACUUUUGUUGGCUUGAACGAGAAGACCCUUCCAUUGAAGGAGAUUAUCAAAAGACUAGAGGAUGCAUAUUGUCGCUCUAUAGGUGUUGAAUUCAUGUUCAUCAACUCAUUAGAACAGUGCAACUGGAUUCGUCAGAAGUUUGAAACGCCAGGAAUCAUGGCCAUGAAUCAACAAGAUAAGAGACUUUUGCUAGCAAGAUUAACCAGAUCUCAUGGAUUUGAAGGUUUUUUGGCUCGGAAGUUCUCUUCAGAAAAACGCUUUGGUCUCGAAGGCUGUGAAAUUUUGAUUCCUGCUAUGAAACAGGUCAUUGAUCGUUCAACUUCUCUGGGAGUUGAAAGUUUUGUGAUGGGUAUGCCACAUAGAGGACGACUAAAUGUGCUGUCGAAUGUGUGCCGCAAACCACUUGAACAUAUCUUUACACAGUUUGCUGGCUUAGACACUGGUGAUGAGGGUUCUGGGGAUGUUAAAUAUCACUUAGGCACAUACCAAGAACGUUUGAACCGUGUUACAAAUAAGAACAUUCGUUUAGCAAUUGUUGCUAACCCGUCCCACCUGGAAGCAGUUGAUCCAGUUGUUCAGGGAAAGACUCGUGCUGAACAGUUCUAUCAUGGUGAUUCUGAGGGAAACAAGGUGUUGUCAAUAUUGCUUCAUGGAGAUGCUGCAUUUUCUGGCCAAGGUAUUGUCUAUGAAACUUUCCACUUAUCCGAACUGCCAGAAUAUACAACCCAUGGCACAAUUCACAUUGUUGUGAACAAUCAAAUUGGUUUUACUACUGACCCUCGAAUGUCUCGAUCAUCUCCAUAUUGUACUGAUGUUGCCCGUGUUGUGAAUGCUCCCAUUUUCCAUGUCAACGCUGAUGAUCCAGAAGCUGUUAUGCAUGUUUGUAAUGUGGCUUCAGACUGGCGUCACACUUUCCAUAAGGAUGUAGUUAUUGAUCUGGUCUGCUAUCGGCGCAACGGCCACAAUGAAAUUGAUGAGCCGAUGUUUACACAGCCCCUGAUGUAUAAUAGAAUUAGAAAACUGAAGCCAGUUCUUGAACUGUAUGCAGAAAAGCUUAUUAAGGAAGGAGUGGUAACAGCAGAGGAAGUGAAGGAAGUGAAAGAUAAAUAUGAAAAGAUUCUUGAGGAAGCUUUCACAUCAGCAAAGUCAGAGACGCGUGUCUUCAACAAGCACUGGAUUGAUUCUCCGUGGUCUGGCUUCUUUGAGGGAAAAGAUCCACUGAAAGCCACCCCAACUGGUAUCCAUGAGGACACUAUUACUCAUAUUUGUAAACGUUUUGCAAGUGCGCCACCUAAUGCUAGUGAUUUUGUGAUUCAUCGUGGUCUGCAGCGUAUCUUAAGCAGCCGCAUGGAAAUGAUUCAGGCACGUACUGUGGACUGGGCAAUGGGUGAAGCUGUUGCAUUCGGGUCCUUGUUAAAGGAAGGUAUCCACGUGCGACUUUCAGGCCAGGAUGUAGAAAGAGGAACCUUCUCACAUCGUCACCACAUUCUUCAUCAUCAAAAGAUGACAAAUGACACUCCAGUGGAUAAAUCUCAGUACAAUUCUCUAGCAAACUUGUACCCAGAUCAAGCCCCAUACACAGUGUGCAACUCUUCACUGUCUGAGUAUGCAGUCUUGGGCUUUGAGCUGGGAUUCUCCAUGACUAAUCCCAAUGCUUUGGUGCUCUGGGAGGCGCAGUUCGGAGACUUCAACAACACAGCACAAUGCAUCAUUGACCAGUUCAUAUCUUCUGGACAGUCAAAAUGGAUUAGGCAGACUGGUCUUGUCUUAAUGUUACCUCAUGGUUUGGAAGGAAUGGGUCCUGAGCACUCAAGUGCCCGCCUUGAACGGUUCUUACAGAUGACCUCUGAUGAUCCUGAUGUUCUUCCUGCAUUCUCAAGUGACUUUGCAAUCAGACAGUUGUCCGACAUUAACUGGAUUGUUGCUAACUGUUCUACGCCAGCCAACUUGUUCCACAUCCUUCGACGACAGAUAGCUCUUCCUUUCCGAAAGCCACUGAUUCUCAUGACUCCCAAGUCUCUUCUUAGACACCCAGAUGCUAAAUCCUCCUUUGAUGAAAUGGUGGAGGGUACUGAAUUCCAGAGAAUAAUCCCAGAGAAAGGCAUAGCAGCAGAGAAUCCAGCAGGUGUGAAACGGCUAAUCUUCUGCUCAGGCAAGGUUUACUACGACCUCAUUGCUGCUCGCAGGGAAGCUGGUAUUGAGGAUAAGGUCGCCAUUACCAGAGUGGAGCAGAUUGCUCCAUUCCCAUAUGAUUUGGUAAAGCAGGAAUGUGAUAAGUAUCCAGAUGCUGAUUUGGUAUGGUCACAAGAAGAGCACAAAAACAUGGGUUCAUGGUCAUACAUUCAGCCACGCAUAGCUACUGCGCUUAAUCACGAAAGACAUAUUUCCAAAUGUGACAAGGUCGAGAAAGACUCAGAGGGCCUCGAGUCUCAGUCUUGGUAUGAAUAUUGGUUCCCUUGGCUCUUCCCAACCUCGAGCCAAACAGAAGUCUCCGUCCCAUCUAAAAGCGAUACUCCAGUAGCUUCUGAUACCAGAGUGUUGAGGUAUGCUGGACGUCCUGUUUCUGCAUCACCUGCUACUGGCAACAAGAAGACCCACACGCGAGAGGUGAAGCAGCUCCUGGAAGAUUCUCUUGCUCUGUGAAAUACAUGUUAGUCACCUGGAAUCACAAUAGGAAUUCUAAAGUGUGCUGUAAAACCUCUUUAAUUUACUAUAAUUAUUCCUUAGAAUAUUUGAAACUAAUCCUAAGUUUUUCAUAACAUCACCUCUUAAAGAUUUUCAGCAAGAUACUGAUCAAAAUCUGAUUGUAGCAUAAACUGGCCCAAGGCUGGGCUCUGGGAGUAUAAAAUCUCUGAGCUCAACAAAGAUAUAAAGGCAUAUGUUCAGCUAUUUAUUUUAUAAUAAAUUUAAAAUGUCUUGCUAAUAAUAAAAUGAAAGCUGUGUUCUAUAUAAAGUUUUAUGUAUAUACUGUAUAUAACUUGAGAGUUCAAGAAAUUGUCAUUUUUAUUAUUCUCGUUAUCAUAAAUUAAAAAGGUUUUACUUUGAUUAGAUAGAUAAUGGUUUGUUUAAAAUGGAACAAAACAUUGAGAGAGAUUGAAAUAUUUUUUAAUUUUAUGUCUCCAGGCAAGAAUUAAAAAAUAACCAAACUAUUUUCUUAAAUUAAGAGAAAUAUUUAUGCUUAUAAGAUAGUUGUGAUUGGCCAGUUUGGCAUUGGUGAGGGUUACAAUUUUAAGUGAAGCAUACAGUACUUAGCACCAAAAACAAUAAUGAUGGUUCUUAAGCCAGGUGGAAGCUGAAGGAAUUAGUCAUUAUUGCGAUUGAAAAAUGAAUAUGAAAAUUUUUAGUAAUUAAUAAAGUUCACAGUAGGAAUACAUUUUUAGUAAUUAACCAUUUUUGUAGAUAUUUGUUCUGUUAAGAGUGUAGUAACUGUAUAAAUUGUAAUAUCUGUGGAGAAGUGUAAAUAAUACAACAGACAGUGCAGCAGUCUCACACCCUUCCAAGUAGGUUAUUACCAAGUGACAAGGCUUAAUUAAUAUGUUUCUUCUUUCAUUGGUAUUUCUUCACAGUAGUAGUAGUAGUAGUAGUAUAUCAAUGCAGUUUAUUGUUGUAGAUAUGUUCCUUACCUGAGAGAAACCUGAGAAAAUAAAUAUUUUGUGAGGCUAAAUUUAGAUUAUUAGUUUUUUAAUUUUGGUUGCAUCCUGAGUAAGAAGCCCAAGUAGUGUAAGGUCAGAGCCAGUAGUGAUAAGUUCUGCACAUAGUGGAGAGUGCACUCUGGCCAGCUCUCUUGCACCUGGUUACAAGGGUGAGAUGUCAAAAAGAUGGAGUAACACAUGCAGAGAAUGUUAUAACAUUUUAAUUUGUGAUGAAACUUUUCACAAAGCAAAACACUGUCACAAAAGUUUGCCUUGCAUGUGUGUUUUACCCCAUCUCUUAUACCUAAGAUCUAACCUCAAGUGACACUUCAUGUAUGCACCACACUUACCUUUUAUGCUAGGCUAUCCCCAAAGGCUCGUGUAUAUAUAUACAUAUAUAUAUAUGUAUAUAGGUAGUAGGUUGGUAGACAGCAACCGCCCUGGGAGGUACUACCGUCCUGCCAAGUGAGUGUAAAACGAAAGCCUGUAAUUGUUUUACAUGAUGGUAGGAUUGCUGGUGUCCUUUUUUCUGUCUCAUGAACAUGCAAGUUUUCAGGUACGUCUUGCUACUUCUACUUACACUUAGGUCCCACUACACAUACAUGUACAAGCACAUAUAUACACACCCCUCUGGGUUUUCUUCUAUUUUCUUUCUAGUUCUUAUUCUUGUUUAUUUCCUCUUAUCUCCAUGGGGAAGUGGAACAGAAUUCUUCCUCCGUAAGCCAUGCGUGUUGUAAGAGGCGACUAAAAUGCCGGGAGCAAGGGGCUAGUAACCUCUUCUCCUGUAUAUAUUACUAAAUGUAAAAGGAGAAACUUUCGUUUUUCCUUUUGGGCCACCCCGCCUCGGUGGGAUACGGCCGGUGUGUUGAAAGAAAGAAAGAAAGAUAUAUGUAUAUAGGUAGUAGGUUGGUAGACAGCAACCGCCCUGGGAGGUACUACCGUCCUGCCAAGUGAGUGUAAAACGAAAGCCUGUAAUUGUUUUACAUGAUGGUAGGAUUGCUGGUGUCCUUUUUUCUGUCUCAUGAACAUGCAAGAUUUCAGGUACGUCUUGCUACUUCUACUUACACUUAGGUCACACUACACAUACAUGUACAAGCACAUAUAUACACACCCCUCUGGGUUUUCUUCUAUUUUCUUUCUAGUUCUUAUUCUUGUUUAUUUCCUCUUAUCUCCAUGGGGAAGUGGAACAGAAUUCUUCCUCCGUAAGCCAUGCGUGUUGUAAGAGGCAACUAAAAUGCCGGGAGCAAGGGGCUAGUAACCUCUUCUCCUGUAUAUAUUACUAAAUGUAAAAGGAGAAACUUUCGUUUUUCCUUUUGGGCCACCCCGCCUCGGUGGGAUACGGCCGGUGUGUUGAAAGAAGAAAGAAGAUAUAUAUGUAUAUAUAUAAUUGUAAUCAUAGUUUUAACUUAUUAUUAAUCUAUAAAUAUCUCAAAGAAAGAUCUAAAGAACACUUCACUAUUAGUCUGUAUUAAGGUUGUCUACCCAUGCAAGGUAACUGAUAAGUGUGGGAAUUAGGAUCAAGACUAGAUCAUUUUGAUGUCAUAUUUUGUUAAAAGUCACGUUAAUAUCUGUUAAUGUGCCCAUUUUCGGUGUGUGUUAAUGUAACUUAUGUUUUUGUUUAAAGGCAGUAACUUGAUACACUAUAACUUUUAAGUUCAUUCAAUGUAUUUAAAAUAUGUAUUGUUAUAAGUAUUGCUUGGAUAAUAGAAGAUUGGGCAAACUUGUUCAGGACUGCUGCUUGAAAUGUUUCUGAUGAGGCCAUCUCAGUUGUUUUACAAACAUACAAGAAAUUGUGAGAAGCUUUAGUGCCACAAGAUAAUUAUUUUGCAAGUUUUUAAUUUCUUUAGAAACUUCCAAGUAGAAGCAGGAGAAAUAAUAUCCCUCAGUUUUACUCAAGGUUUUAUUUAAAUGGAUUAACUUGGUGGGGAAGGACUUAAACCCCACUAAAUUCCUUUAUUUUAAAGUACACGUCUAAUUUUAUAAUUGCUUGGCCAUAUUUACUGCAUUGUCUUCUGCAUUGCUCAGCUGUGACUCGUAAGACUACCUAAUAUUGAUUCACCAAUGCUUGAGCACCCAAUGGCAAAACUUACUAUUGUUCUGGACUGUUACCAGGACUGAUGAUGGUGACACUGUUUGUGUGAAAUGUUUUUGCUAAACACAACUUUUUACUUUAAAUCUCCUGGUGGUAAUAUUUUAAAUUCUGAUUUAAAUAGCACCGCUAGUGUAUCUACCUGAUUUUAAAAAAUUACCAUUGUAGAAAAUUAAUUUGAAUGAACUUAUCAGUAGCUCAUUGGCAGCAGUAUAGUAAGACAUGUAAUUCAGCUACAGUUUAGCUAACCUUUGUUAUUGGUACAUCACUUGAAUGAGAUUAAUAUUUCUAGUAAAACUACUAGUGUUUGAAAUUAUUCUGUAUAUGUAAGAAAUUGUUUUUAUGGAUCAUGAAAUUCUGAAACAAAUACAUAUAUUAAGUUGAGAUCUUAAUAAGCUUAAUGCUUUGGAUGUUAAAAAAUUAAACCCUCUGAUAAUACAGUUUAUCCCUAUUUUCCAUUUUACAUAUAAUUUUGAGAAACUUUGAGAAAUACUUUUGAGGUGAACUACCGGUAAAAUUCUUGCUUCUCAAUCUGUGCCUCGUCAAUACUAUAAACUUUGCUUGUAUAGAAUUUAACUAUCCAUGAAAACCAUUUUAGUGAAUUCUCCAUUUUUUUGUUUAAAUAUCUUAUAUGAAUCAGCUAUGAAUGCUGAUGUAAAUUUUUAAUAUUUUUCAGUUUGACCAGAAACUGUUUGAAUAAUAAAAAUGUUGUAGUUCAUCAAAUAUAAUUAUUUUUGAUAUGUAAUGAUAAUGAAUGUUAGAACAUAGUUGCAAACUAAGAAAUUUUUAUGGUACUAGCAGAUAUUAGUAGGGCACAGCUUAACUUUUUUUUUUUAAGUGUCUGUGCUAAAGUUAUAAAAAGAGCACCAAGUGCCUGUUCACAUUUCUGAGUAAAAAUGCAUUGCACCAUUUCUUUUUAAUGCUUAAGUUUUUGCCUCUGGUAUGAGGCAGUAGUUAAUGCUUUGGCUGUUGCUCUUGAGAAAAUCACCGGCUACAUACAGUACUAUGCAUAAUAUCUUCUGUGUUUUUCACACAAAAUUAUGCUUGAGAUGCAAUCUUGAGGGGUAGUGUAAAUAAGGAUUUUAUUUUUCAAGCACAGCUGUACAUGAGUAGAGAAUGAAAAUAUAUUAAAUUACUCUU